AUAUAAGGCACCGGCUCCUGCACAACUUCACCACUCUCAGUCCAAACACCGAGAAGACACCACCAUGAACCGACUCUUCCUCUUCGCUUGCGUGGUGGCAGUCGUGGCUGCUGACAGCUACAAGACGCCCAUCCCCAUCCUGAAGGAUGACCGCACCCAGAACGCUUAUGGCGAGUACACCUUAGAGUACGAGACUGGCAACGGCAUCUCCAGGAACGAGGCCGGCAAGCAGGCUGACGGUCAGGAGUCAUCAGGUGGCUGGAGCUACACUGGUCCAGAGGGCGUGCCCAUCGUGCUCACCUUCACCGCUGGCGCAAACGGCUACGUUCCCGUGGGCGACCACCUGCCCGUACCACCCACACCUGUGGCUCUGCCCUACCAGAGAUCUGGAAACUAAACCUACAACCUGAUCCUCACUCUCAUAUGUUUCCAUUUUCACGGUCCUGAUUCUUCACUUAUCUCUGAGUGUUGGUGAGUCUCAACAAGAGUCUACCAGUCCAUGAUCUACCUGUCUGCCGCUCAUGUCUUGUGGACAUGUUUGGCCACAAUCACAACUUAUAUUUCAUUCUUAAAAAUUUAAACUGUUUUUAGCUAUUUAUUCUGCAAGAGUAUUUAUUUCUUGGACAGCAAUGUUUACAAUUGUAAAUAAAAAAUAAUUUUUAAAA